AAUAAUGAAUCAGCUCACCUGCCCCUUCACUCCAUUGUCUUCUUUUAUUUGGCUUAAUUAAUCAUAACAGUUUACUUUCCUCCACCUAAUCUCAUGAGUAUAUAUGCAUCUCUUCUUUAUUAAUACUAUUACUAAUACUGCAUUUGUGUACCAACAGAUCCAUUUUCUAACACUUUCUCUUCCCAAAUUCUGUUUUUUUUUUUUCCAAUUAUAAUUAUACAAACACCACACCCACUCCAUAUCUUGUGGUGGGUCAUCUGCUUUUAUCUACUCAAUAAUUCUAUUUUGGCAUUAUGGACAGAUUUUUUUUUCUUUUUUCUUUUUUCUUUUUUGUGGGCUUACACAAUUUACAGUUAUUAUUAGUUACUUACUUCUGUUUUUCAGAAGCAGAAAACAAAAACUUUCUUUCUAGAAAUACAACCAUUUGUUGAAAUGCCCCUUUGGACUUUUGACUCUGCUACUCUGUUAAGACCACUGUAUCAGAAAGAAAGCUUCUGUUUCUGAAAUAGAAUUAUGAUGAGGCCUGAUAAUAGCCGCUCUUCCUCUUCCUCUUGUCCUUCUCCUUCUCUCUCUUAUCCUUCCAAUGGUGGCUUUCUUAAAAAUGUAUUUAACAUGUCACCAAGGCUGUCUUCCUUUUUUAAUCAUCCUUUGGAUAGGACUUCAUCUUCCCUGGCUCGAGCUUCUACUACCAUUAGCACACCUAAGUCGUCUGCGGCGGAGCUGGAGGAGGAGAUAACCACACUUGAGCGUCAGAUUUUGAACUUGGAACGCCAUCUUCUCUCUCUUUACCGGGCAGCCUUUGAUGGCCAAUUCUCAACCUUGCCAAGUACUCCUAUUAGUACUUGUACUAGUGCUAGAGCUGCCCCUGCUGAUGUUGCUGCAGCUGCUGCUUGGACGAGCCCAUGUAAUCAGAGCCAUCUGACUAGCCAAAAAGCCACACCUACUAAAAGGGACCAUAAAGUUUCAGGACACCGCAGCCUAGCUGAUCACCUUGGUGGUUCUUGCCUUAGUGCUGCUCCUGAUAGACUGUCACAGGAUAUAGUGAGAUGCAUCUCUUCCAUUUACUGCAAGCUCGUCACUCCUACUCCUACUCGGCCUCAAGCCCCGGCUAUGGCUGUGCUGUCUGCCUCAUAUUCCUCCUCCUCCUCGACCUCGUCCACCUUGUUUUCUUCCAGAAGUGCUUGUGAUAGUUGGAGUCCACGUUACAAUAAUCACAGUAGUGCCAGUGAUGACGGGCUCAAAGAACUCAAUGGAGGACCUUAUGCAGCUAUGAUACAAGUUCUCAAGAUUCGAUUAGAUGACGACAGUUUUAGCUUCGCUUCUACAAUGUUACAAAAUUUCAGAUCAUUGGUUAAAAAUCUUGAGAAGGUUGACCCAAGAAAGAUGAAGCGUGAGGAGAAGCUUGCAUUUUGGAUCAAUAUUCAUAAUGCUCUUGUGAUGCAUGCACACUUGGCUUACGGCAGUGGCAACCGUGUCAAAAGUGCUUCGGUGUUAAAGGCUGCAUACAAUGUGGGAGGACAUUGCAUAAAUGCUUAUGUGAUACAGUGCUCCAUUUUGGGAAUUCGAUCGCAUCACUCGGCUCCAUGGCUGCAGACACUGUUUCCAGGAAGAAAACUAAAGGCGCGGGGGAUAAGACAUGAGUACGCCUUGGAGUACCCGGAGCCACUGGUUCAUUUUGCUCUCUCUUCAGGGGAUUACUUUGAUCCUGCGGUUCGAGCAUACAGCGCAAGGACUGUAUUUGAGGAUCUGAAAGUAGCGAAGGAAGAGUUCAUAGAAGCAAGCGUGCGCAUGGAAAGGCAAGGGCAGAGAGAAACAAAGGUGUUGGCGCCGAGAGUGUUGGAGGUGUUCGGAAAGGACAUGUCGCUGAGCGCGGAAGGGUUGUUGGAAGUGAUCCUUGAAAGCGUGGCAGAUGUCGAGAAACGAAAGUGCAUCAGCAAGUGCGUGUAUCUGCAUUGGCUACCGCCACACAACUCAACUUUUCGUUAUGUUAUUCAUCCUGAUUUGGCCAAAGGAUGCCAUUGAUUAUUCAUUUUGUACAUAUGGACAUGGACACACUAUUUACAAUUCUAUAAUAGUCGACACUAUCAAACCAAAAACAAAACACAACUAAAUAACUACUAUGGUCAUUAAUUAAUCAUUAGCUACAAUGCUUUGAUCUUUAUCAACUGAUACUAAUACCAUGGUUUAGUAAAAAUGAAGAUACAAAGCAUUGUUUAUCCUUCGAACUUGUUGGAUGUUGAUAAAUUGAAAAUAUAACUUUUUCAUUUAAUACUA